AUGAUGAGCAAAGCGUUUUCAUCUCUUCGCGCUGUGCAGCGCAUGCAACUUCCAAAUGCACCAAGAGUGGCUACCAUGACGAGGGCUUAUGGCAGUUCCGCUACGCCUGGGCAGUCAUCUAACGUGAAGAACCCGAUUUCCAGCUCACCUGAAUCAAAAGACGUAAAUGUGGGCCGUGGGUUGGAAGAUCGGAGUUCCGACACAGCGGAUACACGGUCCACACAGUCCCCAAUUUCUGGGCGCAAUCGAUUGGAGAAAGGCAGCGAAGCCCACGAGGGGGAGGAACAAACAUCGACAGAUGCACAGAUCAAGAACGACCCCAAUAUGUCCGCGGAAGCCAAACGAGAGAAUGUUGAGAAGGCCGGUCAGAAGCCUUUGGGACCUGAGGACCAUCAAUAA